GGGCUGCAGGGGCUGACCCGGCUCAGAGCGGCCUGGCCCAGCCAUCUUGACUGCGCACCGCGGCCCGAGAAGAAACUUGCCGCGCCUCCGCCCUCAGUGCCCGGCAGAGUCACCGGCGCGCGCGGAGAAAGAGACCGAGGGAGGGAGAGAUGAGCUGGGGGCUGGCCACUCUGUCCCGCGAGGGCUGAGCCCGGCGGGAGUGAGCGGGGCAGACGCUGGGACCACGGUGCCCUUCGGCGGCCACCCUCGUCUCCCGCAGCGCCGAGAGGAAGCAUCCCGAUAAGGGACUCGGCUAUUGGCAGAACCCCUCCCGAGAGAGGCAGGAGAGAGCCCGGCUCUCUCGCAGGAGCCCCUGGCGCCCCUCCGCGCGCCGCCCGGAGGGCGAAGGCGCGGGGCCGAGGCGCGCAGCAUGGAGUGGGGUUACCUGUUGGAAGUGACCUCUUUGCUGGCCGCCCUGGCGCUGCUGCAGCGCUCGAGCGGUGCGGCGGCCGCCUCAGCCAAGGAACUGGCGUGCCAGGAGAUCACCGUGCCGCUGUGCAAGGGCAUCGGCUACAACUACACCUAUAUGCCCAACCAGUUCAACCACGACACGCAGGACGAGGCGGGCCUGGAGGUGCACCAGUUCUGGCCGCUGGUGGAGAUCCAGUGCUCGCCCGACCUCAAGUUCUUCCUGUGCAGCAUGUACACGCCCAUCUGCCUAGAGGACUACAAGAAGCCCCUGCCUCCCUGCCGCUCGGUGUGCGAGCGCGCCAAGGCCGGCUGCGCGCCCCUCAUGCGCCAGUACGGCUUCGCCUGGCCCGACCGCAUGCGCUGCGACCGGCUGCCCGAGCAGGGCAACCCGGACACGCUGUGCAUGGACUACAACCGCACCGACCUCACCACGGCCGCGCCCAGCCCGCCGCGCCGCCCCCCGCCGCCGCCCCCCGGUGAGCAGCCGCCCUCCGGCAGCGGCCACGGCCGCCCACCCGGGGCCCGGCCCCCGUCCCGCGGCAGGGGCGGCGGCGGGGACGCGGCUGCGCCCCCUGCGCGCGGCGGCGGUGGUGGCGGCGGUGGCGGCGGCGCGAAGGCGCGGCCCCCUGGCGGCGGCGCGGCGCCCUGCGAGCCGGGAUGCCAGUGCCGCGCGCCCAUGGUGAGCGUGUCCAGCGAGCGGCACCCUCUCUACAACCGCGUCAAGACGGGCCAGAUCGCCAACUGCGCGUUGCCUUGCCACAACCCGUUCUUCAGCCAGGACGAGCGCGCCUUCACCGUCUUCUGGAUAGGCCUGUGGUCUGUACUAUGCUUCGUGUCCACCUUCGCCACCGUCUCCACCUUCCUCAUCGACAUGGAGCGCUUCAAGUACCCGGAGCGGCCCAUCAUAUUCCUCUCGGCCUGCUACCUUUUCGUGUCUGUCGGCUACCUGGUGCGCCUGGUGGCGGGCCACGAGAAGGUGGCGUGCAGCGGCGGCGCUGGCACUGCUGGAGGGGCCGGGGGCGCGGGGGGCGCGGCGGCAGGCGCGGGUGCGGCAGGAGCCGGCGCUGGGGGCCCGGGUGGGCGCGGCGAGUAUGAGGAGCUGGGCGCCGUGGAGCAGCACGUGCGCUACGAGACCACUGGCCCGGCGCUGUGCACCGUGGUCUUCCUGCUCGUCUACUUCUUCGGCAUGGCCAGCUCCAUCUGGUGGGUGAUCCUGUCGCUCACGUGGUUCCUGGCGGCGGGCAUGAAAUGGGGCAAUGAGGCCAUCGCCGGCUACUCGCAGUACUUCCACCUGGCCGCGUGGCUCGUGCCCAGCGUCAAGUCUAUCGCCGUGCUGGCGCUCAGCUCGGUGGACGGCGACCCGGUGGCAGGCAUCUGCUACGUAGGCAAUCAGAGCCUGGACAACUUGCGCGGCUUCGUGCUGGCGCCGCUGGUCAUCUACCUCUUCAUCGGCACCAUGUUCCUGCUGGCCGGCUUCGUGUCGCUCUUCCGCAUCCGCUCGGUCAUCAAGCAGCAGGGUGGCCCCACCAAGACGCACAAGCUGGAGAAGCUCAUGAUCCGCCUGGGCCUCUUCACCGUGCUCUACACCGUGCCCGCCGCCGUUGUGGUCGCCUGCCUCUUCUACGAGCAGCACAACCGCCCGCGCUGGGAGGCCACGCACAACUGCCCGUGCCUGCGGGACCUACAGCCCGACCAGGCGCGCCGGCCCGACUACGCGGUCUUCAUGCUCAAGUACUUCAUGUGCCUGGUAGUGGGCAUCACCUCGGGCGUGUGGGUCUGGUCCGGCAAGACGCUCGAGUCGUGGCGCGCGCUGUGCACCCGCUGUUGCUGGGCCAGCAAGGGCGCGGGCGCGGCGGGCGCGGGUGCGGCGGGCGGCGGCCCGGGGGGCGGGGGUCCGGGGGCCGGCGGGGGCGGGGGACCGGGAGCCGGCGGGGCGGGCUCCCUCUACAGCGACGUCAGCACCGGCCUGACGUGGCGAUCUGGCACGGCCAGCUCGGUGUCUUAUCCAAAGCAGAUGCCAUUGUCCCAGGUCUGA